AGUCUGUUUAAAUAGCAGCAGGGUAAAUAUUGUACUUGAAUGAGCACAUGAAACAUACACCAAGUCAUAUUUGUAAGGAGCCUGGACUCCACCUGUGCAGAGACGUUUUGGCUUCUGUGCGUAAAAGCUGCCCAAAAGGUGAGCGCCAGGCCGGUCUGUGGGAUUUACCCAAUGUGCUUUCUUUCUUUUUUUCUGCGAAAUCUAAAUAUAAGUCGGUGACAAAUAGUCCAAAUACAGUAGCAACCCAACUGUGAUGUGGGGGUGGCGCUGAGAGAGCAGCUCCGUCUCCAGAGUCCGUCGGCAGAAGGUCGCAGAGAGCCGCAGCACUGCGCCUCUCCGCUCCGCUCCGUGUGACCAUGAAGAGACAAAACGCCCGGACUCUGGCCCUGAUAGUCAGCAUCCUCACCUACCUGGUGGUCGGAGCCGCCGUGUUCGAGACGCUGGAGUCCAAGCAGGAGAAGAGCCACAAGAGGAAGCUCGACGCCAGAAAGUACGAACUCAUGCGCAAAUACAACUUGACCAAAGAGAACUUCGAGGAGCUGGAGCACGUCGUCCUGCAGCUCAAACCGCACAAAGCCGGGGUCCAGUGGAAGUUUGCAGGAUCCUUCUACUUCGCCAUCACUGUGAUCACGACUAUAGGUUACGGCCAUGCGGCGCCAAGCACCGACUCAGGGAAAGUGUUCUGCAUGUUCUACGCCCUCCUGGGGAUCCCGCUGACCCUGGUUAUGUUCCAGAGUCUGGGCGAGCGGAUCAACACCUUUGUCAGGUACCUGCUGCACCAAGCCAAGAAGUGCCUGGGGAUGCGUCACACCGAGGUGUCCAUGGCCAACAUGGUGACGGUGGGCUUCUUCUCCUGCCUCAGCACCCUGUGUGUGGGCGCCGUGGCCUUCUCCCACUGCGAGGGCUGGAGCUUCCUGCACGCCUUCUACUACUGCUUCAUCACGCUCACCACCAUCGGCUUCGGGGACUACGUGGCGCUGCAGAGGGACGAUGCCCUGCAGAACGACCCCCGGUACGUGGCGUUCUGCUUCGUCUACAUCCUCAUGGGCCUGACGGUGAUCGGGGCCUUCCUCAACCUGGUGGUGCUCCGGUUCCUGACCAUGAACGCCGAGGACGAGCGCCGGGACGCCAAGCAGAAGGCCCUGCUGUCCGCCGUCAAGCCCAGAGGGGAGGUGGCCCGCCUGCUGCCGGUCUCCACCUCCUCUACCCCCGUAGCGGACGGUGGUACCAAACCUAAAGAUCUAAAAGGCGUGUACACCGAGGUGCUGCACUUCCAGACUAUUUGCUCGUGCUUGUGGUACCGCAGCAAGGAGAAGCUGCAGGGCUCCACCAUGAUCCCUCAGGAGCUGACCUUCUCCGACGCCUACCUGCAGCAGAACAGUCCUCACUACGUGGAGCCUGGAUCGAGCGGCUGCGUUUGCAGUCCGCGGCAGUGCACGAGCAUCAGCUCCAUAGCGACGGGCCUCCACAUCCUCUCCCCGUUCAGCCUGUUCAAGAGACGCAGCUCCGUCUAGCCUUGUUUCUGCACGGCACACUGCAGACGUCUAAACUGCCAAGUGGACAACAGAUACUUGGCAGUUGGCACAGCAAAGACACGACUGCAAGUAGAUGUUUGUGGUGCUACAAAUCCCAGUAAUCCAACAGUAGGCCGUAAUGCGCAAAAAGAGCCGGGGGGGGGGAAGCACAUACAGAACUGUAAUCUAACUCCAAUGUGUGUGUUUGAAAGAGAAAAGAUGGUUUUAUUUUAAUCUUCUGUCUGCUUUGAAGAGUCACCUGAGGAGAUUCAAGCAGCUACACAGUCAAAUGUCAAGAAGAAAUCUGCAGUAAAUUCCAUUUUUAUUUUUUCUUUGUCAACAAUCUCAGAGGUGCUGAUUCAACUCAGGGGUUCUUCCUUGAACUCAUGCGUCCCGAUCAUAGUAUUCCCAACCGGCCUCAUGUAAGUCGCCUUAUGUUCCCCUGAAAAAACUUAUCUAACAACUCAUGAUUGUUGAAACUUUAGUGCAGCUGACGCACUACUUCACAUGACUCACAUGUGCAGCUGCCCCUGUUAUUGUCGCUUUCAGUGCUCUCUGCCCAAAUCUCUGCCGCAUCAGUCACAAACACAACCCAAUUAUGUAACGCGACAAGUGGAGAAGUUCAGGAAAAUCACGAUGACAUAUCCCCAACCUGGUUAAACAGCAUUCUGCAAACAGUGAUCAUAAGUAGACACUCAUCAGGGUUUGUUGUACGACUCUGCUUUAAAAAUGACCAGAUCAACAACUGAGAACACAAUGAGCUUCACCGCCUUCAGGUUUACCGCAGGGUUACAGUAAAGGUUCUGUUCAUUUUCCACCCCUGUAGCUGAUGGUUGGUUAGUCGCAGAAAGUGGUCGCUUCUCGAAGUUUCUGUUGAUUUAGGAUAUUUACAUAAAAACUUUUUUGCCAAGAGUAAGAUAAGAAUAUCAAGUCAUGUCUGCACUGUAAAGAAUUAACUUUUUAAAAUGUUGUGUUAUCAUUAUCGUACGGAUUUUCCCUGUUUUAUCAAAUUACAGAUCAUAUCAAGUAAAACCACAGAAAAAAAAGCUUAAAUUUACAGGUAAACUAUAAAAACAGGCCAAAACUAGCACCAGAAAUCUGUAUUUUUAACUAAUUAUAGUUUAUUCUUUUACAACUUUCGACUCCAAAAUAAUUUUAAUUGUAUUUAAAACAGCCAAUAAUAGAACUGCUUUAGAAUAUUUUCUUUCUUUUUUUAAAAAAAAAAGGAAUGUCAAGUAAAAUUAUAGGAAAAAAUAUUUAUUUACAUUUAAAAACAGGCUACAACUGUAACACUGACAUCAAAAAUCUGCUUUUGUUUUUUUGCAAUAUUUUUUUCAAAAAUGACACAAUUUCUACUACAUUUAAAUUGAAAAAAACAUUAUUUUAAAAAUGUCUGCUGUUAUUUGAAAGAAUAUUACUUGAAAGACAAAUUAUGUAAUAAUAUUAAGUAAAAUUAUAGGAAAAAAGUAUGUAUUUACAUGUUAACUGUUAAAAUAUUUUUUUAAAAAAGGCUAAAACUGUAAUAUUGACAUCAAAAAUCUCCUUUUGUUUAAAAAAAUCAUUAUUUUACAAAUAUCUGCCGUUAUUUGAAAGAAUAUUUAUCUAUAGUAAGGACAGAGAAAUGUCAUAGAAUUUUUUUCAACUGUCAUUUUCCCUGUUUUGUUAAAUUACCAGUACUAUCUAGUAAAAUUCCAGAUCGGAUAGAGUAAAACCACUAAAAAAUGCUUAGAUUUACAGGUUAAUUGUAAAAACAGGCCAAAACUGACAUCAAAAAUCUGUAGUUUUACAAAUUGUAGUUUAUACUUUCACAACAUUUGACUGUAAAAUAAUCUUUAUUGUAUUUAAAACAGCCAAAAAUAGAAUUACUUUACAAUAUUUUUUGUUACUUGAAAGACAAAUUAUGUGAUAUCAAGUAAAAUUAUAGGAAAAAAAAUUUUCAUUUACAUGUUGAUUGUUAAAAAUUUUUUAAAAUCUGCUUUUGAAAAAAAUUACACAAUUUUUGCUGCAUUUAAAUAGCAAAAAAACAAAAAUAUGUUACAAAUAUCUGUCGUUAUUUGAAAGAAUAUUUAUGUAUUUUAAGGACAGAGAAAUGUCAUAGAAUUUUUUCAACUGCUGUUUUACAGAUGUUUCCUGUUUUGUUGAAUUACCAACAAUAUCUAGUAAAAUUACAGAACAAAAUAUUAAUUAACACGUUAACCCUAAACUAAUGAUUAAUUGCAGAUUAUUUUUUCAAUUCAUUUCAUUAUUAUUUGGUCUGUAAACCAGUAGCAAGCAGUUUCAAGAAUCAUCACACUUUGUUGUUACCGUUUUACAGAACCAGGCUUGUUGUUUCUCUGUUUUUAGCCUUUAUGCUAACCUAAGCUAAGCAGCUGCUAGCUUUAGCUUCACAUUCAGAGCACGUCUUUUUUGUUUCACGGUUUUACAGGAAGUUAUUUUAUGUUCUGUAACUGUCUCCUGACAAACAACAGCCUGAUGCUCCUGCAGCCUCGUUGUUUUUAGAUUUCUAUUUUUUCCCAGAGUCUCUUUACUGGUUUUUGCCACAGAAAACAAAAACAUCUACAGUUGUAUUAACAGGUGGUUUUCUGUUAUAAACCACAGCCUCACCAACACCAGUUUGAACCAAGAGAACUGAAGUUGUCCUAAUAUUUCCCAAAGAUGCUCAAGCAUCUUUUGCGAUAAUUUUAAAGUUGUAGCUGGAUGAACUGUUCAUCCAGCCGGUGACUUCAUCUAAAAAACACAAACUAUUAUUUUUAACCUUCUGUUUUUGUGUGAGUUUAUAAUUAGAUGAGUUAAUUAGGAACCUUUAGACACUAAAUUGACCUCCUUCUGGCUACAGCUCCACAUUUAAUACACAAAUAUGAGAUUAAUAUCAAUUUUCUUGUCUAAUUCUCAGUGUUUAUUCCUACAAUUUAAAAGCAUUUCACCUCCCAACCUCAGGACCUCAAACAUGGAUCAUGAUUAUCCAUAAAGUGUUCAUGUUUGGGCUGUGGAUCUCCUGAUUUUCUUUCCACUCUGCUAGUUUUGACCAAAUGGACUUCAUUGGCUCCAUAGAACUCACUGACUCAUCAAACACAACACUGCAGAUCAUUCAGAUACGAAGCGUGCGGAGCUUUUCCAAAUCACAUAUGGAUCAAACAGUACAUGCAAAACUAUUUUGGGUGCAGCUCAGAGUGACAGAUGGGAGGGAGGUUACUGUGGGGGUACAAUGGAUAAUGAGCCGGUUGUCAAUCUCAGACGUUAAUGUCACAAUAGGCUGAGUCUGGGUGAUUGAUGGAGAUGGAAAAAAAUCCUCCCUCAGCUAGUAUUUCAUGUGUAUUUCGGCCUGUUUUGACACUCAGUGAUGUAUUUGUCUGUGGGCGACAUGAUGUGACGUCACGUUUGGAUUAUUUCCAGCAGCUACAACCGCGUUUUAACCUCUGAAGGUAUUACUUAAAAGCCCCACAGUGAAUUAAUCUUGAAACAACAGUUCAACAAGUAUGUCAGUUAGAGAGCAGGUGGAGUUACACCAACAGUGGAAUCGCACUAGAGAAUGGUCUGACUGUACCACACUAUCAUUCUGCUAUAGGGGAAGAAAACACGUUUGGAUUUCUUUGACCCUCGUGUCGUCCUGCAGGUCAAAAUUGACCCGUUUUAAAGUGUGAAAAUGUGGAAAAGUAUAUAUUUUCACAGUGAAACUUCUGAUGUCUACAUUUUCAACAUUUUUGGAAAAUCUUUGAACAUUUUUUGGUGGAAAAAAAGAAAUGUUAAAAAUGUUUCUUAAGAACAUUCACAUAAAAAUCAACCAAAAUCCAGCAAAUUUUGCUGGAUUUUGGUUGAUUUUUUGCGAACGUUCUUCAAGAAAAUAUUUGAAGUUUUACUGAUAUAUAUGUAAUCACUUUAGAUAUUUUUAGGAUUUUUUUGGAAGAUUUUUACUCAUUUUUUGAAAAUAUUUACAAGAAUUUUCUUGACAAAGUUGGGGGAUUUUUUUUUUUUUUUUUUAAUAAAACUUUUAAGGGAAACUUUUAAGGAAUUAUUGGAAUUUUCUUCCUGAAGGUUGUGCAAAUUUUCUGAAAUUUGGGGAUUUUUUUGCUGAAUUUUUGGAUUUUUUUCACAUAAGGAAACAAUAAUUUUUGGUGCCUGUAAAUGAAUAAAAUUAUAAUAAUAAUAAAAAAACUACCUUGCGCUGAGCUCAGGCAUGUGUUAUGCAUGUGUACGUUAUGUACGGAUACUGAAUCACGUGACCUAAAUAUGUAGCGGAAUUCAAAUUCGUUAGUCCGUUUUUGAGUAAUGUUGCACACAGACAGACAGACAGACAGGCAGACAAACGUACACCGAUCGUCACACAACUCCGCCACAUUUAUUAGUAAAAUGGUUAAUUCACACACACAAAAAAGUAGCCCUACCUUAGUGCAUGAGCCAAAUCUUUGGUAAAACCUAAAAAUUUCAGCUUUAUGUUGCUGCUUAGAGAUUGUGGUUUCUCAUUAUGAGAAACAAAAAAUUGUGAAAAACGUUAUCAUUUCUGACUCAACAAUGGAAAACCCCUAAAGUUAAGGUGUGUUCCAUUUGAACUGGGGAUUUCUAAGUUGACAGUUGGAAACUUCAACUGGAAUUCCCACUGUAGUUGGAUUUCUGACUUGGAAAGUUGUAGUAAUGUCAUAAAUCAAUCAUUCCAUCCAUCCAUCCAUCUAUCCAUCCAUCCAUCCAGUUUCUUCCACUUGACCAGAAUAGGGUUGUUUUGGCAACAGGUUAAUUGAGGGUAUUUCCGAUAUCCUUCUCCCCAGCAACACUCUUCAGCUCCUCCAGGGGGAUCCUAAGGUUUCCUAGGCCAGAUGGGAUAUGUAAUCCCUCCAGUGAACUCUGGGUCUAUCCUGGGGUCUCCUUCUAGUUGCCUGGAAAACCUCCAAAGGAAGUCGCCCAGGAGGCAUCUUGAUCAGAUGCCAGAACCACCUCAGUUGGCUUCUUUUGACACAGAGGAGCAGUGACUCGACUCUUAGCUCCCUCCGAAUGUCUGAACUCCUUACCCUAUCUCUAGGAAUGAGCCCAGCCGUCCUUAUCUCGAUCUUUUGGUCACUCCAGAACUCAUGACCACAGGUGUGAGAGUUGGAAUAUAGAUCAAGUGGGAAAUCGAGAUCUUCGCCUUGCAGCUCAACUCCCUGCAUCAACCUGUUUGCUCCAUUUUUCCGUCACUGCUUAACAAGAUCCCGAAAUACUUAAAUCACAAACCUUGACCUCAAAAUCCAAAAUGUUCAGCACAUCAGCUGCAGGAAAAACUGCAGUUGUAUAUUGUUUAUUUGCAUUUCUGUCUUAUUUAUGUGCCAUUAAAUCGGUCAGUUGCUGCACUGUUUGUAUGCGCAAAUCACAGCGUAAAGCGUAAUUACUUUGCAUCUAUACAGUCUUUUUUACAGAUGGUGUUCAUUUUGGUUUCCUGACUUGUUGUAGACACCAGAUAUAAAAGGAACACAGUACUACUAUUAAAAUAUGCACAUAUGAGAAGCUGAAACCACUAAAUAUUUAACUUAUUCACCUGAAAAAUCACCCAGAGGUUGAACUAAUUUUCAAAACUGUGGCUGAUUUAUUUUGUGACACUCUGCUAGUUCAUGAAUUGACCAGUUGUUGCCAAUGGAAACCCAAUGUUUUCUUGACUAGAAGACACUAUUUUAUCUCCGCCAAAAGCAGGAAAAGUUUGAAACUGAAAUGCAUUCUGGGAAUUGUAGGAAAUCACCACCUGAAGCACAAAUGCAUGAGUCACAAGAAGUAGAAAAGUCACAGAAAGAUGAUGUUAUUAAAUAUCUGUUGGUGGAUUUCUUUUUGUUUUUUUUAACCUUUUUUCUAUUUUCUUGUUUGUCUUCUGCCCAUGCGAUACAUUGAAACAGCUCUAGUCCAUCUUGGUGUGAGGUUUGUUCAGAAACUGAUCUUGUUGAUCUGUUAUGAUGGACAGAAGGCCCUAAUUUGCACACAGUUAUGGAAGAAAAAUGAUGAUUGUGACUCUUUGACACCAACAACUACAGCCUAAUGUAGGUUUUAUGCAAGUACUGUAUUAGUUUUAAAGUUGGAGUACAUCAUGUUGCACUAGACUUGACAGGUGUCCCUGCUUUUUGCUUUUUAAAGAAGGGAAAACUUAGUACUUGAACACGCAAGGAGCACUUGAAAAUAUGUUUUUUUGAUCAUAACUUGCUGAGAUAUUAGUUUGUCUGGCACUAUAUGUCCAACACAUCACACCAGUCAACAAUAUUGUUCAAUUUUACUCAAUUAUGGAAAAGAAUGUCCAUAGAAAAUAUUAAAAACACAAAGAUUUUGUCCAAUAAAUGACUGUUUUUGAGUUGUUUUUCUGGACACCCUGAUCACAGAAUCACCGCCUCACAUGACCUGUUAUUUAUAGAGAGUGUUUAUUAAAUAAAUGCUAAGAUAUAAGCUGUGG